UGAGCUUCUACCAGGCUUCAAUUCCCCGGGCCGUGCAUUGUGCACACGCGUCAAUGAACGAGGCCUUCACUCUUUAACCUCUGUUCUCCCCUACGGAGUAUACCUCUCUUAUCCUUAACAUCCUCCCCCUAUUCGGACAACCUCGAAGCAUGCCUGCCGAACCACCCAAGAUUGCUCUCAAUGGCGCGGUCCAGGCGGACCCCUCUACUGCGACAAAUCCCAACUUCGGGGAGCCAGACAAGUCGAUCAGACCAGAGCGCCAGAAGCUAUUACGCGCCGAUGAUUCUUUCGUAUCCACAGCUUCUGUGCCUCCCCCAGGCUCAAUUUUGACUGGUAAACAGGAACACUACUUGAAACGAGAACUGCUUUCCAGACAAGCGAAACUCGAAAUCAGCGAGCUUAACACACCAACGGCCCUUCAGCGCUUUGGCGCACCUUUUCGGUCUGAUGCAGGCGAAGUUGCGCCAGAAGAUUCCGAGCUUCCUCUACUUCGCUUCAUAUUUGUCAAUCAUGUUCGGAACUUCCCUUUCUUGGAUAAAGCAAAAGAGAAAGAGUUCUGGCAGGAUAAACUUCAAGUCUUCCUCGAAUCCUUCGCGAACAAGCACAUAUCCUCUUCUGAGGACCGACUUGAAGAGACAAAGAGGCGGAAGCUUGCCCAAAAAGCAGAGAAGCUGGUGGAACUAAUGAUGGUGUCUGGUAUACCCACGGCCUCAGGCUAUGAAGAGAGGAUACGAUUUGCGGAAAUGGAAGUUGUUGAUAGGCAAGCGAAUGAGAAUGGUCUUGUCCAAAAUGUUCCACAGGGGCAUGAGAUUAACGGUUGGGACAUUAAUGUUGCUUCUGUGAGGACCACGUCGGUGAAGAAGCAUGUCAGAUAUCACACACACGCCGAGUACCUGAUUCGGGUAAAGCGAUCGGGCGGAGAUGAGAUAUAUAUUGGCCGGAAAUUCGCAGACUUCGUGGCACUCCACAAAAGAAUCCGUCUAGAGAUACCCGGGAAAGUCCUUCCUCCGCUACCACGGAAGAACAAGAAGAAUUCGAUGCUGUCUGGUACAGCGGAAGACGACGAAUCGAUCUCCUCGACAUCAACACAGAGUCUUCAAGUAGAGCAGCCUGUUGAUACUGGUGGCGGAGGAGGCAUCAGGGGCUAUCUAUGGGGCCAUAAGAAGAACGCUUCGACAACCUCCCUUAAUAACAGAUCUCCUCGAUCUUCCAGUGACAACAUCACAUUCAAGGAACCACGUGUUAUGUAUCGAGAAGAGCAGCGCGUCUCUCUGAGAGCAUUCCUUCGCAACUUCCUGCAAAAUGAACAAAUAGCCCAUUCGAAUGCCAUGGCUGAAUUCCUCACGAGCGACCCGAUUCGACUCAAUGAGGAAGAGCUUGAGGACGCAGAAAGACGUAAAGACAUGGACGAAAAACGAAUCGAAGAGCAGAAGAGAUUCUACGAGGUUGCUCGUAGACGGGCUCAAGAACUCGACAUUCACAUGGAGAAGUUCAGACGAGAAAUCGUAGAAGCCAAUGGCCUGUCCCAUUUGUUUCAAGAGAUUCGCGUCAAAAAGACUAUCGCAGAAUUAAAACCAGAAUAUCAGAAGUUUGCAGAAUGGCUUCGGAUAGAAGUUGCUGCCACAAUAUAUCACCUAUUUCUUGCGGAAGACAAUUCGCCCGAACUAUUCGCACAAGCCAAAAGGAUACACUCCCUCGUACCAUACACGGUGCUUAAAAAUGUCAUCCGGAUUGCCAAUCCAGCUGCUGUCAUGAGUGGCGUACUUGACUUGUUUCUGGCUCAGCCUUGGGGAGCGCGUUCGCUUCUGCAGCGGAUCUUUGGCAUGGCGAUCAAUGAUGGAAUUCGAUCUGUACAAAAAUCCAUCGAUAGUUUAGUAUCUUCGAAGAUCAAAGAUCCCGUGCUAGCUGAUAAGAUCAAGGCCUUCACAAAUGCGGAUGAGGACGUUAAAGAGGCUAUUCGAACUCAGGCCGAUGAGGAACAGAUUGACCUUGUCGUGGCUCUUCUUCGAUCAGAACUCUAUGGACCGGAGCUAUCUUCUGAACAAAUCGGAUUGGUCUUUAAUGCCUAUGUUGCUUGGAACAAUGCCGUGGAGAACGUCGAUGCAGAAAUGCGCCAGGGGGCUGAACUAUUCGCUCACCUCAAGCAAUUGUUGAAGCUCAAUAUGCGACGACGAGACAAAGCUAUGAUGCUUGAGAUUAUCGAAGAACCAACCACUCUGCAAUUGUUUCGUGAUCUAUUCACGAUCUUCUACGAGCCUUUAGUAAGAGUAUACAAAUCCGCCAACGUUUACAAUAGCAUCACGGACUUCGCCGUCUUUGUAGACGAUGUAGUUAAGACUGUUGAAGCGGCGCAGCGCCAGGACGUCGCCGCAGACCCAAACCAGACCGUACAAGCAUUCAUUGAUCUCUGCGCUCGCCAUGAAGACAACCUAUACAAAUUCAUCCAUGAAGUUCAUAUACAUGACAAUGGCCUGUUCGAUCAGCUCAUGAGCUGGAUAGACGGCAUUUUAGAAUUUUUGCGACACGGGCCCAGCGGAGGUGGCAAACUGAACAUGAACGCACUGUUCCAGGGUGGGAUCGAUUCGGGCCUCAUAGAUAAGGAUUUAGGUAUCACGGAGAUCAACUCCCUGGUGAGAUGGCAAUUAGCUAGGAAAAAGUGGCAUCAGGAUAAAACACGACAGAAGAUGGCAUCAGGGGGUGGCACUGAUCCCGCAAGUGAGCUGUUAAGCGGGUUCACCGCCGGUUUCAAAAGCAGUGAUUUUGGACUAGACGAGCGUGAUCUCGCCGAUCUUGAGCUUGACGACCAAGGCAGUGAUGAUGACGACGAGAGCGACCUGGACGACGAGGAUCUCGCAGAUCCCAUUGGCGCAGAACGUAAGCGACGUGCGAGGAGAGCAGAUGCUUUAAGGCGUACAGCAGGCGAGCCAGCGAAGCCAGAUAUUCGAGAGCUCACGAAGUUACAUCCUAACUUUUUGGACAUGAUUCGGGGAGUCCUGGCUGGCUGAUGAUCCCUAGAUUCUACGAAGAAUUAAAGUCAAGAGUUUUGGAGUUGGUUGAAAGGGGUCGCCGACAACCAGGAGCGAGCGCAUUGUCGAAUUUAAGCACGUCAUAAUAGAGUUUCACCAAGGAAAAGAGCUGUACACGUAUGAGUACAAUAGACAAUUAUUGCAUCGACGCACUGCUGCAGCCUUACAAGUGCAUACCGACAGAACAACAUAAAUAUGCUGCUGCAACAAUGCAUAUGUAGUGUUGCAAGUUGAUUGGCUCAUAUGCAGUGCACGUGAAAACGCGCCUCCGGCGAAACAUUCACCCGAUAUGU